AUGAUCAGCAGGGGCGGUGGCUGCACGGUUGCUCCAAUCACCGCCCAGCCGAGUGAUCCUGGACGAGACCUUGGAAAAGUUACAGCAGAUUCCAAAGGCCCGGCGCCUGCCCACCGGGCCUUGGCGCCCUCAGGGCUCCUUAUGACCGGUGCCUCCUUCACCGCCCUCCGCGGGAUGCACUGGGUGCUGCAGCUGCUGCCCACACCGGGAUCUGCUGCUCAGGACCCUUGGAAGUGGCAAAACAUCUGUAUCUCCCUGGUGCACAGCCUGCUCACAGGGGCCGGGGCACUGCUUGGGCUGUUGCUAUGCCCUCAGAUGGCUGCUGACCCUAUUCACGGCCGCUGGCCCUGGGCCUUGAUGCUGGUGGCUGUACCUGUAGGUCAUUUCCUGGCUGAUGGAGCUGACACGCUGUGGAACCAGACCUUGGGCCAGGCCUGGGACCUUCUCUGUCACCAUUUGGUGGUGAGACUCAGGGAGAGGCUAAACAGGAAGGGAGGUGUGCCCAGACUGAGGACCCCAGUCUCUUCAUUGGCUUAUGUCCUGCCUCUGAUCCUGGCUCCCCAAGCAGUGAGCUGCCUCAGCACCACCAUUCUCUCUGGCCACUAUGUGGGCUUCUCUAUGGUGUCUCUACUCCUAGAGCUGAAGUCUAAGAAGUUACUACUGCUUUCUCACCAGGCCCCAUCCUUGGCCUUCAUUGUGGCCAGCUGGGCCACAUUGGCCACCCUGGCCCUUUUCUGCCUGGUACCCCUGGGGUGGAUGGGUCUGUGGUUCAUCCAGCAACACCAUCAGGUGCCUGCUGCUCUGGUUGUCCUUGGUGGAACUGGACCGGCCACUGUGGGAGCCACGAGCAUCACGCUAGGUGUUUGCAUUUUGGCCAGGGAUGCCCUGUGGCCUUGGUCUCAUUCACCCAUCCCUGGGCACCAGGGCAUGUGAUAGUGAGCCUGUCACCAGCGAUGAUUCCCCUUUUGGCCUGAAAGACUAGAAAGAGGCCUCGGGUUCCUCUUUUGCCAGUUUUGGGGAAAGUAAGACCAGGACAAGGAGAUGGUGGUCUUAAAUGCACAGCCCCCUGUCAGGCCUGGGCUGGAUUUUCAGUAUCUCAGUUCCUCUUUCAGAUAAUUCACACCCCUCCCCCAUUCCUAGGAUCUGGGAAGAAAUGCUAAUGGUCAUGGGUGGGUGAAAAUAUGGGCUACUGUUCACUGAAUUUCAUCAUCAGAUAACCAAUUGUCCUUUCUAGAAAACUAAUGCUACCAGAGGUACAGCCAGUGCUACCGAUGAAGUGUGGGAGGAGGCAUGAGACUGCAGAAGCUCUUUGCUUUAGCACAGGGACAGGCGAGGAAAGGUGAAGUUCUGCCAGUAUUAGAUCUGAUACAGAGAGGAUAAGGCCAGAGGGAAGAGAGACCUCACAUGUGACCAAAUUCUGGCAGUGAGAGGGGAAUACAACCGUGCUGUCUGUAGCCAGUAGUUAUUAGACAUACAGCUGUCAAGAGACCAAAGAUCCUGGGUCAUAGUGAUUGCUGCUGAUAUUUCUGUUUCUCAAAACCUCACUACAUUGUGUUUGUACUUAACCUUAGUUCCACGGUGUCCAGCAUCUGCCUUUUCAAUUUCUUUAGUAUCUCUUGACCUUUUCAAAGCAAACAUGUAUUUUUAGAGGAAGGAACAUGGGUCUAGGUCUCUCUUCUUAGGACAGUGCAGAAGUCCAGAGCCAUAGUAUGGCCUCAAGCACCUACUCUGGUGCACAGGGCAAGGUCUUCCUAGGCCCGGGGUUUCAUGGAAGAAUGAGGCAGAGGCAGAAGCAGCUGAGGGAAGGCUUCCUUUUGGCUGCAGAGGGAUUAAGGAAUGCCUGCCUCUUCUGGGAGUCAUUCGCAAGCUCUUCUUUCUCCCCAGCUCCUUCUGCUGCCUUAAAAACAAUUUUUUUUUAAGGCACUGACUGGUGUGGCUCAGUCAAUUGAGUUCCAGUCUGUGAAGCAAAGCGUCACUGGUUCAAUUCCCAGUCAGGGCAUAUGCCUAGGUUGCGGGCCAUAUCCCCAGUAGGGGUUGCGCAAAGAGGCAAUUGCAUAUUGAUGUUUCUCUCUCUCCUUUUCUCC